ACAAUUUUAUUAUUAAUUCCCAUUUAUUUUCUCACACAAACCCUAAAAUCAAAAUUACAAAUUGAAAGCUCAGAGAGAGAAUCAAAACAACAAUCUUAUAAGUUGUGUUCAAACUUCUUUGCAAAUUUCUAGAAAAGAUUGGAUCUGCAUCAUUAUACCCGUCAUGAGGUUCAAGAGAGGUAGUAAAGUGGAGGUAAUGAGUGAAACUGAGGUGCUGAACUCAUGGCGUUGUGCUGAAAUUGUUUCUGGUAAUGGCCAUACUUACAGUGUGAAGUAUGAUUGUUAUCUGGGCUCGACAGGCAAGGUGUUUGUAGAGAGGGUGUCUAGGAAGGCUAUUAGGCCUUGUCCUCCGCCUGUGGAAGGUUUUGAGAGUUGUGUGGUUGGUGACAUUGUGGAGGUGUUUGAUGAUAUUUCAUGGAAGAUAGCCGCAGUCUUGAAGAUUUUGAGCGGGGAUCACUAUUUGGUGAGGCCAAUUGGAGUUUCCCAGGAAUUCAGCACCCAUAGAUCUAACAUCAGGUUGCGGCAAUCUUGGGAAGAUGACAAAUGGGUUGUUAUCGGAAAGGGUUCUGGAAGUUGUGGAAAUGCGAAAUAUAAUAAACUGUCAACUUCAAAUUGUUACCAGAAGGGGAGCUUCCAAGUGCCUCGAGCCAAUAGAAAGACUGAGCUGCAAGCACGGGAUGAUUGUUUUGCUGUUCAGAAGAAUGCUGGAUUGCGGGAGUCGAGGAUACUCUCUUCUAGAAUGCCGAAGAGAGCGUCCCUUUGUGGCUUCUCUCUUAUUGAAGUUUAUACAUGCAAUGAUCAGAAAAGAAGAGCAAUUGAGAAAGAGGGUAGACGACAACGAGUGGUUCCGACCCCAUUACUGGAAAAGGUAGAUGCUGUAGCUUACCCACGAGAAAAUCUGGGUGAAGAAUACAUGCAUGCUUCCUUGAAUAAUAGGUUAAAUGGAUAUUAUGAAAUGGAGAGGGCAAAACUAAAUGGUGUUGUUAGCUGUUCCAUUGCGAGAAGCUCAGGACCUAGUGACACAAAUAGUGAUGCAUGUUCUGUCGGUAGUUGUGGAGAUACUAGGAAGAGUCCAAAUAAGAAUCCCAGUCAUUUCAUAGCAGUACCUUGUCGAGAUACAGAUACCCUAUGUAGUGAUGCAGAAUCAUUUUAUGGCUUGGGGGGUGAGGAGGAAAAUUGCCCCCUUCCUCCAGAAGAGGAAGUGGUAGCUAGUAUUCAUAGGUUAGAGUUGCAUGCUUAUCGCUGCACUUUGGAGGCAUUGUAUGCUUCUGGCCCCUUAAGUUGGGAGCAAGAAUCAUUGUUGACAAAUCUCCGCAUUACGCUCCAUAUUUCUAAUGAUGAACAUUUGAUGGAGUUGAGGAAUUUAAUUUCAUCUGGAACUGGUAUUCAUUUAAGUUAACAGUUAAUGGGGGGUUUUCUCUUUAAUUUUCUUCUUUAACGUUAGGAUUUUCUUUCUCGUCCUCGAUGCUCACAGAACAUUGUGAAAAGCAGGAUGACAUCUUGUAGAUUCUCUCUCUGUUAUUUAAUCUACAGUUAUAUAGAUGGUUUUUGCUUUUGUAACUCCAAAUUAUGUAUCAGAAUUCUUACUAAGAAAUGAAUGUAUCUAUUCCCUUCCUUUUUUGGUUUA